GUGCGAGGUUCUCACUGCCAUUCUUGUUCGUGUUCUCUGAGGAUUUUCCCAACUUUUCACCGGGAAGAAAGCGCUCAAUAUACCUGAUCGAAAGGUUCUGGGAGUUGGCUAGGGUUUUUCACGCGCUAUCAAAGGAGGCAUAAUGGGGGUCUCCUUCAAGGUAUCUAAGGUCGGAAAGAGGUACGUGCCAAAACUGAUCGCCGAGCAGGCGGAGUUCUCUCCCAGCGAGAGCUCGAAGGAGAGCUCCCAUGCCAUCAAUGGACCCGUGCCAAGCAAAAAAGCAGAUACUACAGAAACUGCAAAUGACUUUGUUGGUUCUAAGGCACCAGAAUUGGCAGAGCAUGAUGUGUCCUUCACAUUGAACCUUUUACCAAAUGGAUACUUCAUUGGAAAGCCAUCCGAGGUGGGAAAUUUUCAGCCUUUGCUGCAAGAUGUGAAGUCACUGCAUCCAUAUGAUAGGGCUUCAAAACCUCUUUUUACUGCAAUCGAGACAGGAUGGCUUCCGGGAGAUAUUUUGGAUGAUUUACCCUGCAAAUAUAUCAAUGGGGCUGUCAUCUGUGAGGUGCGCGAUUAUAGAAAUUGUAGACUAGAACAAGAGACUAUUGCUUCUAUUGAUGCUGUUCCUAUUGUAAACAGAAUCCGACUUCGGAUGUCUCUUGAAAAUGUUGUUAAGGAUAUUCCUUUACUAGCUGAUGACUCGUGGACUUAUAGUGAUUUUAUGGAAGUUGAGUCUCGAAUUUUGAAAGCCCUGCAGCCAAAACUUGAUUUAGCUCCUGUUCCAAAGCUGGACAGGCUCUGUGCUGAUCCUGCCAUUAUUAAGUUCAAUGUUGAUGUUGGAAGGAAGAAAAGGUCGCAGCCAACUACUGAAGUCACCAUCACCUCCAACAAUCAACCUCAUGGGAAAAAGAUUUGCAUUGAUGGAGCACCUGAAAUUUCUAACAGUGCAAGAGAUUCAGGAACUAUGUUAAGCAAUGUACCCAUACAACAUGCCCAUGAAAAUGCAGCCACUCAGCCUGGGAUCAUUUCAUCCUCUCGAUCAAAUAAUCCUUUUCAUGAAGCUGCUAGGCCAAUUUUACCUGUUCCAGGUCAUACAAAGAUUCAAUCUCCUGUCAACCAUGCAGGAGUGGUUCCGGAGCAUGGCUUAUCUCCUGUAAAUUAUGGUGUCAGUGCUGGCAUUUCGUUACCUCAGAACAUAGUUGGUUUGUACAUGGAUACUGCUAAUGCUAAUUUCUCGUUGACUGGACGAAGGGAAACUCAAGGUUCCCAAUCAGCAUCAAUGCCAGACCUGAAGAGGACAAGGCAGACUGCUGCAGGUUUUGAGGUUGCUUCUCCACUAGGUGGUUUUAAUGGACCAGAUAUGCAGUGGAAGAACCAGCCUGCACAUCCACAGAUUGAUGCCAAGGGGCUUCAGUACUCCAAUGUUGGGGUCCCAAGGUUUUCUCAGAUUAAUCAAGAGCCAGUGACAUCUAUUUAUUAUAACCAACAGAUUAUGAGAUAUGGGCCUAAGGAGGAGCAGAUCGACUCGGAUAAGUUGAAUAAGCCAGAUCUUGAGAGAUCGAAAGAGACUCUGCAGGCAGUGACCACUGACAAUUCAUUGGAUCAGCAUCCAUUACAUGCCCAGCAUCAACUGCAUCAAUCAUCUAUAAGGAGCCAUCUUCCACCUCUUACACAGUGGAAUAACCCCCGGUUGCCGGCUGAGAAGGAUACGAGAAAGGAUGAGGUGCUUCAAAAACGGAAGACUUUACCGAGUCCGCGCGUCUCUUCUGGACCAUUGGUUCAAUCUCCCUUGUCAUCAAAAUCAGGAGAGAUAUCUAGUGGUUCGGUAGGUGGUCAAUAUGGUGCAAUGCCUGUAACGUCCACACUACCAACAAACUCGAAUGCUGUUGGAGCCCAGUCUGUUGUUUCUAGUCCCAGUGAUUCGGUGCAUAGACAGCCCCAAGGGUCUGCUUCUCUAAAACGGAAAGCAAAUUCUGUCCCCAAAACACAAGCUAUGAGUGGUGUUGGAUCUCCUGCAAGUGUGAGUAAUUUUAAUGCUCCAUUGAAUGCUAGUAGCCCGUCAAUAGGAACAUCUUCUAUGGUUGAUCAAGCGCUAAUGGAAAGGUUUUCAAAGAUUGAAAAUGCAACCCAAAGGUUCAUAUUAAAUGCCAGAAAGAACAAGGUCGAAAAUUUUCCUGCAAGGAAGACUCGAUCAUUUUCAGAUAAGCAAGUAGCACUCGCUCUAUCAAAUUCAUCGAACUCUGAGGAUUUCACUGAUCCAGCAGAUUCUCUUUCAAGAUCCAUUCGAGGUGGUAACAUCAAUAAUUGUAAGACAAGAUUAAUAACUUUCAUCCGCUCUGAUCGUGUCUAUCAAGCUGUUCCUGGAAGGAGUGCAAGCCGAUUGAUGAUGUGUGAAAAACCCUUUGAUGGCACUGUGGCAAUGCAAUAUGGGGACGCAGAUGAUUCUGAUAUUCCUAGUUCUGUAGAUUGCUGGCAGACAUUGCGCACCACUCACUGCGCCGAUGUUCUUGCCACACAGUUUAUUGCACUUAUGGAGCGUGACGGGCAUCAUAAAACUGAAGAUCAAUUAUUUCUAGCUCGAACUCCUCCAGUUCGCAUGGUUUUUGCAUCAGGAGGUCAAUCUAUAGCUCCAGGAAUGUCAACUGAGAAUGCUCUAUCUGGGGGAAAACAUGCAGAUUUGGUUACUGCUCUUUUGCCUGCCGCCACAGUUCCUAAUAAUGGUGGAAUGGCUCCCAUUAACGCACAUACCAUUCCCAGCAAUGCUGGAAUGCUGAUUUCUGGAGGUAGCUCCCAAACCUCAAGCAUUUCUAAUGGCUAUUUGUCAGGUCCAGGAAUCCCUGCCAGAAACCAACAGCUUGAGCAACUUCAGCAACAACAACAGCAGCAGCUUCAGCAGCUGCAAAAUCCACAGUCCCACGUGCAGCAACAGCAGCAGCAGCUUAGUCUCCCUCAUAUCCAGAGAUCUUCUCCAGUUCUCUCAAACAAUCCUCUCUCCCAUUUAAUUGGGCAGAACUCAAACAUUCAAAUGGGUUCUACUCCUAUCACGAACAAUAAGCCUGCACACAUCCAGCUCCAAAUUCAACAACAACAGCAGCAACAACAACAACAACAACAAACUCAAAUCCCUAGGAAAAUGAUGAUGGGACUUGGGGCUGCAAUGGGAAUGGGGAAUAUGGGCAAUAAUAUGGUUGGAAUUUCGGGUCUAACUAAUGUCAUCGGCAUGGGGGCUGUGCGUGGUCUUUCCUCUCCAAUGGGUGCCUUGCCUGGCUUGGGUAAUGUCAACCCCAACCAGAUGCUUCCAACUUCAGCAUCCAAUUUUGGCACCAACAUCCGCCCGAAUUCCUUGUCUCCCGCACAAGCCGCAGCCAUGAUGACGAAAUUGAGAAUGUCUAACAGGGCCAUGUAUGGCCCCCAAACUGGCAUUUCUAACAUUACCGGGAACAACAAUCAGAUGCUUCCCACAUCAGCUAGUUUGUCCAUGCUAAGUAAUGCACUGAACCGUACCAGCAUGAACACUUUGCAGUCCAACGCCCCCAUGGCAUCCAUGGGACCUCCCAAGGUUUCUGGUCCCAACUUCUACCUGAACCAGCAGCAACAUUUGCAGCUACAACAACAUCGAUUGCAACAACAGCAGCAGCCGCAGCUGCAACAACAGCAGAUUCAACAACACUCUCCACAAAUACAGCAGCAGCAGAUAAGCUCUCCACUUCAACAAGUUCAGGUUACUUCCCCAUCGGUGGCAGGUUCUCCUUCUCCUUUGGUUAUGCAACAACAACAACAACAACAACAACAACAGAUAAGUCCCCAACAGAUGGGUCAGCAGACUCCAAUGAGUCCCCAACAAUACAACUCCGGUGCUCUUCAGCAGAUUAAUAGUGGGAGCUUGGGAGCUGCACCUCCUGCUAGCCCGCAAUUGAGCUCACAAACUCAUGGGUCCAUUGGUAGCAUCACAAGCUCUCCCAUGGAACAGCUGCAAGGUGCAAAUAAGGGUGGAAGCUCGAACAUUUGAGCCUGAAAUUUGGCUGAGUGCUUUUGGUUUAAUCAACAUUGCUAAACCAUUAUUAGCCCUUUAAAAGGUUACUUAUGACCAGCAUUAAAGAUUGUGGUGUAUUCAAGCUGUGCAUUGUGUCAAAUAAUGUAAAAUUUUUAAAUCAUAAGCUAUGUGAUAACAUCUUUCUUCAAUGUAAAUUGAUAGGAUUUUUUCAUAUAAGGUUACAUAUUUGAAUAAUUUUUUGUAUUAAUGUUGGUACGUGUGUCUUU